AUGGCAGUGCCUCAAGAGGCUGUCCGAAUCUGGGACAAGCUCGGCCGCGGUGGGGUGAGUCAAGACCCCGCGGCGGGCCCAGACUGCCACCGUGAUGCUGGCCUGCCGUCUCCGCGGGACUCGGACUGCGGCGGCUGCUGGGGAGAUCUAGUGCUGCAGCCGCUCCGGCGCUCCCGGAAACUUUCCUCGGCUCUGUGCGCGGGCUCUCUGUCCUUUCUGUUGGCGCUGUUGGUGAGGCUGGUUCGCGGGGAGAUCGGCUGUGACCUGGAACAGAGCAUUGAGGUGGCGGCGGCUGAGGAAGCGGCCUCGGGAGCAGAAGGGGGCGUCUUCCCAGGGCCUCAGGGUGGUGCUCCCGGGGGCGGCGCGCCACUCAGCCCCUGGCUGCAGCCCUCGGCGUUGCUCUUCAGUCUCCUGUGUGCCUUCUUCUGGAUGGGCUUGUACCUCCUGCGCGCCGGGGUGCGCCUGCCUCUGGCCGUCGCGCUGCUAGCCGCCUGCUGCGGGGGGGAAGCGCUUGUCCAGAUUGGGCUGGGCGUCCGGGAGGAUCAUUUACUUUCGCUCCCCGCCGCGGGGGUGGUGCUCAGCUGUUUGGCCGCCGCGACAUGGCUGGUGCUGAAGCUGAGGCUGGGCGUCCUCAUGAUCGUCUUGACUAGUGUGGUCAGGACCGUGUCUCUCAUUUCCUUAGAGAGGUUCAAGGUCGCCUGGAGACCUUACCUGGCGUACUUGGCUGGCGUGCUGGGGAUUCUCCUGGCUAGGUGCGUGGAGCAAAUCUUGCCGCAGUCGACGGGGGCGGCCCCGAGAGAGCAUUUUGGGUCCCAGCUAAUUGCUGGGACCAAGGAAGAUAUUCCGGUGUUUAAGAGAAGGAGGCGGUCCAGCUCCGUGGUGUCCACCGAGAUGUCGGGCUGCAGCAGCAAGUCCCAUCGGAGGACCUCCCUACCCUGCAUACCGAGGGAACAGCUCAUGGGACAUUCUGAAUGGGACCAUAAGCGAGGGCCAAGAGGAUCCCAGUCUUCAGGAACCAGUAUUACUGUGGAUAUUGCCGUGAUGGGCGAAGCUCAUGGCCUCAUUACUGAUCUUCUGGCGGACCCUUCUCUACCCCCGAAUGUGUGCACGUCCUUGAGGGCAGUGAGCAACCUGCUUAACACACAACUCACCUUCCAGUCCAUUCACAAACCCAGAGUUAAUCCCGUGGUUUGCUUCAGUGAGAAUUACACCUGUUCAGAUUCAGAAGAAAGCUCUGAAAAAGACAAACUGACAAUACCCAAGCGCCUAAGAAGGAAUUUGCCCCCAGGACUACUUAGACGAGUUUCAUCUACUUGGACAACCACCACCUCAGCAACAGGUCUGCCCACUUUAGAGCCUGCACCAGUUCGGAGGGACCGAAGUGCCAGCAUCAAACUGCAUGAAGCACCUUUAUGCAGUGCUGUUAAUCCUGACACUUGGAAUAGCUCAGUUAUGAUGACCCUCACCAAAAGCAGAUCUUUCUCGUCUUCCUACGCUGUUUCUACAGCCAAUCACAUGAAGGCUAAAAAACAAAAUCGACCAGAUGCCCUUGCUAAGAUUUCACCGCUUUCUUCACCUUGCUCUUCACCUAUCCAAGGAACUCCUAUGAGCAGCCCUAUCAGCAAAAUUUCUGCAGUGCAAUUUCCUGAAUCUGCAGAAACAACUGCCAAACAAGGCCUAGGUUCACAUCGGCCCUUAACUUAUUAUACUCAGAGUGCCCCUGACCUAUCCCAUCAGAUCCUGACUCCAUCUGUCAUAUGUAGCAGCUGUGGCAGACCAUAUUCCCAAGGAAAUCCUGCAGAUGGGCCACUGGACAAAGGCAGUGCUACCAUUCGAACACCAAACAGAACAGAUGACACAGCUCAAGUUACCUCUGAUUAUGAAACCAAUAACAACAGUGACAGCAGUGAUAUCGUGCAGAAUGAAGAUGAGACUGAGUGCCCCAGAGAGCCACUGAGGAAAGUGUCGGCUUGCAGUGCCUACACCCCGGACACCAUGAUAUUCCUGGACAAGCCAGUUCUUGCUCCCGAACCUCUUGUCAUGGAUAACCUGGACCCAAUUAUGGAGCAGCUAAAUACUUGGAAUUUUCCAAUUUUUGACUUGAUGGAAAAGAUAGGAAGAAAAUGUGGCUGUAUUCUUAGCCAGGUAUCUUACAGACUUUUUGAAGACAUGGGCCUCUUUGAGGCAUUUAAAAUUCCUGUUAGGGAAUUUAUGAAUUACUUUCAUGCUUUGGAGAUUGGAUAUAGAGAUAUCCCUUAUCAUAACAGAAUCCAUGCCACUGACGUCUUACAUGCUGUUUGGUUUCUUACUACACAACCUAUUCCAGGACUCUCAACUGUGAUUAAUGAUCACGGGUCAGCGAGUGAUUCAGAUUCUGACAGUGGAUUUACACAUGGACAUAUGGGAUAUGUAUUCUCAAAAAUGUAUAGUGUCCUAGAUGAUAAAUACGGAUGCUUGUCUGGGAAUAUCCCUGCCUUAGAGUUGAUGGCAUUGUAUGUGGCUGCAGCCAUGCAUGAUUACGAUCACCCAGGAAGGACUAAUGCCUUUCUGGUUGCAACUAGUGCUCCUCAGGCGGUGCUAUAUAAUGAUCGCUCAGUUUUGGAGAAUCAUCAUGCAGCUGCUGCUUGGAAUCUUUUCAUGUCCCGGCCAGAGUAUAACUUCUUAGUUAACCUUGACCAUGUGGAAUUUAAGCAUUUCCGUUUCCUUGUCAUUGAAGCAAUUUUGGCUACUGACCUGAAGAAACACUUUGAUUUCGUAUCCAAAUUUAAUGCCAAGGUAAAUGAUGAUGUUGGAAUAGAUUGGACGAAUGAAAAUGAUCGUCUACUGGUUUGUCAAAUGUGUAUUAAGUUGGCUGAUAUCAAUGGACCAGCUAAGUGUAAGGAACUCCAUCUUCAGUGGACAGAGGGUAUUGUCAAUGAAUUUUAUGAACAGGGUGAUGAAGAAGCCAGCCUUGGACUGCCAAUAAGCCCCUUCAUGGACCGCUCUGCCCCUCAGCUGGCCAAUCUUCAAGAAUCCUUCAUCUCUCACAUUGUGGGUCCUCUGUGCAACUCCUAUGACUCAGCAGGACUAAUGCCAGGGAAGUGGGUAGAAGACAGUGAUGAGUCAGGAGAUACUGAUGACCCAGAGGAAGAGGAGGAAGAAGAAGUACCAACUGAGGAGGAAACCUGUGAGAAUAAUGAAUCUCCAAGAAAGAAAGCCUUCAAAAGGAGGAAAAUCUACUGCCAAAUAACUCAGCAUCUCCUGCAGAACCACAAAAUGUGGAAGAAGGUCAUCGAAGAAGAACAGCGGUUGGCAGGCAUAGAAAAGCAAUCCCUGGACCAGUCCCCUCAGCAGCAUUCCUCCGAACAGAUCCAGGCCAUCAGGGAAGAAGAUGAAGAGAAAGGGAAACAGAAAGCAGAGGAGAUCCCAACCCCAAAGCCAAACCAGUGA